GUGGCGCUGUCCCAGAAACCACGUUUCCGGGUUUACUGGAGAACAACGUUGCCAGACCUACGUGUGUUGUAGUUCUACAGCUGUACGUCUAUAUUUGCCCAAAUGAAAAUGUCAGGCACAUCCAGGCUAACUGAGAGACCAAAGCCACCGACAGUAGACCAGAUAAUGACAGACAUUAAAUCUUCAAAAGAUGACGACCCCGUAUUCACUUUCGGAGUGACAGGCAUAUCGAGAGAUUCCACACCUUUGUCAAAUUCAGACACAUCGUUUGAUAUGGGCAGCCACAGUGAAAAGCUAAUGGAGAGUGGUGACCACAGCGGAAAAUCCCCCGAAAUGCUCGAUAUUGGAACAACAUAUCUAAAGACACUUCAACUCUUGAAUACAACUGAACUUUUAAAAUCCUCCUCUGAAAACCUAAAGGAUCAGUUUGAGCAGCUGGAGAAGCUGGGUACAGAGGUCACGGAAGCCAUUGCCGAGUUGAAGUCAGCAGCAAAGACAGUCAAAACCAAAUCAUGAGUCUGCUGACUUUGGAAAGAUUUCUCAAAUGUGUGGCAAUAGUUAAAAUUGGUGCAUGUUUUGUUUUCCCUGGAAGUGUUCACUGGACGUGCAGGGUCUUUGUCUGGGGGGUCCUGAGGCACAGUAUGUCCACAGCACUCAAUAUGUUUCCUGAGAGGCACAUUGGGACGCAGACAUGUGGUCAGACCUGUUCAGAGGUAUUUGGCCCCAAGUCUGCAGCAAAUGGUAGUAAAAAUUACAAAUUUCCCAAUUCUUAGAAUUUAUGAAAAUAUGAACAUUUGAAAAAACCAAUUUUGAACAAUAUGAAUAUUUUCCCAAUUUGCCAGCGAAGGCACUUUUGGAAUCCUAGUUUGGAAUCCCAGAUAAAUCCCCGGGAAUACAGUUCAAAGUGGCUUUAAACCCAAGUCACCGACUCACUCAAUUGUUCUCAAGUCCACGUUUCAAUACAGUUCAAAGUGGCAUUAGACCCACUCACUCACUCACCCACCCACCUAUUCUCAGGUCCUCGUUUAAAAUGGACACUGCCACCAUACUUUCUUGUGAACAUUCACUUAUUUGCUCUGCAAUAAUCAGAUGAUACCUUCCUUUAUACUUAUGAUUGUCCAUGUUUCUAACACUAUUAACCAAGCAUAAUGAUCAGGUAUUAAUGAUAGACUGAAUAGUACUAUUAUUUAUUGUAUGAUUUAUUUCUUGACCACCUAAGUGGUAAAUGUCAGACCUGCAUCAUUUUGAGCUGACAUGCCAUGAUAUGUCUGGAAUGCUGUGCACAACGGUGUUCAGCCCAACUCACUCAAGCACUCUCUACUUCUUGACCACAUGUCCAGAUUACAGAUGUCAACAUUAGAAAUAAAUGCUAGCCCAAUAGUAUGAAUAUCCUGUGGCUAGUAAAAUAAGAAAAGGGCUGGAAUAGUCACAUUUUGAAGGCUGUAGUCUGUCAGCUAGCUCAGUAUCACAGAGCGUUUUAAGUAUGCCACUGUGCAUACAUGUAAUACAGGGGUCAGGAAAAUUUAAAAUCCUAAUCGGACAUUUGCAUUUAGGCCACGCCCCCUUCAAAUAGCAUAUUUUAGUACGGCUUUUCACACACAUUGUAAUAUGAUGUCCUCAGAUCUUUGUGUAGUGGAAGCAAGCACAAGAUCUGAGUUUAAUGAGAUUGCCCUAGGGGGAGGGCUAAUAAUGUGUGCUAUUGAUCGUAUCUUUGCGUUCCGUGGCAGUUUUCUUUCGCUAAGAUCGAAAUUCCUUAGUCAAGGUUGAAAGGAAGUGAAGCCAAAUUGUUUUUUAUAGCUGACAUCAGAUUGGCCUGAGAACUUCUGUCAGCUCGGGCCACCCCCGGAUCUGUUCACAGAGAGGUAUUGUAUCAGAGUUGGAGAUCUGAUUGUAACAAUCUUGGGUAGUGAUGCACUAGUUCUUGCAUUUAUUUAUAGCAUUACAAUCCUGUAUUGCAGUUGAGUAUGAAGUUACCAGAGUCUAGUCUGAAUGUUUGAUUGUUGUGAGUGACUGGUACUUACAAGUACAACUGUAAGUAUUUAUUAUGCAGAUUAAAGGGAUGUGGAGAA